UGAGACAACAUAAUGGUGACAAACCUCACACAAUGAGAAUGACCUGACAUGAAACUGUAACAUCAUACAUAUGGUGGAGGAACAGUGAAACACAAUGUGGAGUUUUUUUUUCUUCAUACUCAUCUGGUUUUCUACAACCCAAGCUGUCACUUUGACAGACUACUGUGAAGAUGUCCCCGACAAGUGUCAUGACAGGGGUGGUUCCUGGACUAGGUGUUAUGAGGGCAGGAUUACAAACUGUACAUUCAGAAGGCGUUUCCAAUCACCCUCAUUCCGUCAGAGAGUGAACUCAUCUCAACCGGCUGAAGUAGGUCCCACUCCUGAUCACAAGGUGUACAUCCCAUCCUCAGCUCUCCAGAGAAGCAAAGCUGUGUCUGAGGAGGAGGUACUGCUGGUGGCCACUGUGAUCAGCAGCACUUACUUUAAGCUGAGUCCCCCUCAGACAAAAGCACGGGGGGGAGCUCCGAUACACAAACAGUCUGGCACUGUUAUGGGGGGGUUAGUACUGCUAGUGAAGGCAGGAGCCCAUUCUGUCAGAAACCUCACAGAACCCAUCAAAUUAACCUUCAGACACCACAAAAAGGUAGAAACUGGGACUUGUGUCUUUUGGCAGGAGUUAUCACUGAAGGAAGGAACAGGUUACUGGAGCAAGGACGGCUGUGAAACCAGUGACAGUGGAGCUGAAUUUAUUUGUACCUGCAACCAUCUCAGCUUCUUUGCUGUGCUUGUGAACCCCAUUUUAUCAGUGGAUGAACGUAAUUCUAUGGCCCUUGGCUAUAUAACUUACAUUGGAUCAGCACUUUCCAUCUUAUUCUUAAUCAUCAGCUUGAUCAUCUUUAUAUGUCUACGACGGCACCGCCCAGAGAAGGUCAUUGGUGUGCACAUGCAACUAGCUGUGGCGCUGCUCUGCCUCCAUCUUAGCUUCCUGCUGUCCACUCUCAUAGUGUGGCUACAAAAGGAGAAUGUGGAGCAAUGGGUUUGCAAAGCUCUGGGUUUCUUUUUACACUGGGCUUUGCUGGCCACCUUCAGUUGGAUGCUUCUGGAGGGAUUCCACCUCUACCUUCUCCUUGUCCGGGUUUUCAACAUCUAUGUCAGGAGAUACCUGCUCAAACUCAGCUUGGUGGGAUGGGGUCUUCCUACACUGAUUGCAGUGGUUUGUGGGAUUUCAGGUGUUUAUGGCAAAUACAGUUUGGAACUGAGGGAUACCAAAAACCGUAAUUCAACAGUGCAGAUGUGCUGGAUGAGCAGCGAGUUCCCACAGAGGCUUGUAGUCAGCUUUAUCACUACUGUGGCCUUUCCAUGUCUGGUAAUACUGUAUAAUUCCUGCAUGCUGGGGGUGGUGGUGUUUAAACUAUGGAAGCUAAGACAAGGUAAUGGAAGCACUGAAAGCAGAAGUAGCGGGAAGAAGAUGACCAGAGAGAAGGGCUUAUGGAAGGACUGUGCGACUGUGCUAGGCCUCAGCUGUGUCCUGGGCUUACCCUGGGGCUUAGCAAGCACCACCUACCUCUCCCUCCCUGGGAUCUACAUAUUCACUAUACUAAACUCCCUGCAGGGUGUAUUUGUGUUCCUGUGGUCCGUGGCUUUGACCUACAAGUCUCGAUCUGACAAUAACUCCUCGUUGAGAGACCAAUCUACACAGAAAAUGAUGACUACCAGUUUUAGUAACUGAUGUUAUCACAGCUAAAACAAAUGUAUUAUAUUAGGUGUUUAUUCUUCUUUAGACUCCAGUCUUAUGCAGUUAAAUGAUAACUAACAAUAACCAUUUUUUCUCUAAAAGAUCUCUGAGCACUAUGACAUGUCAUGAACGGAAGGACAGCUUUGUAUUUAAGCAACAAUUAAACAGCAGCACAUUUAGACUGUUUUCAGUGGACAUGACAGCAUACCUGAAUAGUUUAUACUACUUUCUUUAUUGGGUCAGGUAGUGUUAACAAUAAAAUGUAUGCCCUAAUAACAUCUAAUAUUCAUUACAUACAACAUCAUAUCAGUGAAUUAGCUUUAAUAUAUGUAAAAAAAAAACAAAAAACUAGAAUUACCACUUUGCGGUUGUAUGCCUCAGCCAACCAGUC